GCUCGAGGGGAGCGCGAUCUCAGCGUGAUGCCGAGCGAGCUGCUCCAGCAUUUGUAGGCCUCGUCAACCAGCAUCGCGCUAUCCCUGCACUUCCUCUCGACGCAACCGAAGACUUCGGGUGGCCCUUAUUGCGGCGAGAAGGUACUCUCGUUUCCACCUCCACGCUCAACCAUUCGUUGUCUGCUGCCCUGGGAAAGAAGUUCCAAGAACAUGGCCGGCAAGUCCGACAAGGCGCGCAGCUUGUUAAUGUCAGAUGAAGGCGCGGAAGACCUUCUGACUGCUAAAGACAAUGAAGUGAUCAAGGCGCCCAAGAACAAGCGUAAGAGAGGACGCAAGAAGGACAAGCGAGACAAGCGUCGCGAGCGCAAGGACAAGAAGAAGAGGCCGAACGCCGAAGACACCGAGGGCCUGGAAGAUGUGCGCGAAUUUGCGAACAGAGAGGACGAGUUCGAGAGCGAAGUGGAGUGGUCGCCGGUGUCCGCGCCCAGAUCAACCGAAGACCAGAAGCAAGAGCUUGGCUUCGAGAUAUUCUUCGAUAUGAUGAACGAGGAACUGGAAGGGCUGCGCGACAACAUCGAAAGCCACGAACGCCAGCUGCUGGACUUCGCGGCGCCAUUGGUGUGCCGCAUACCACAGCCACCGAAGCCGUACAUAACGCGGCUGUGCUGCUGCACCAAGUGCUGCGGCCGCUGCUGCGACAUCUAUGGCCACCAGAAGAAAGUACUGCACCCGCCCAUGACGUCAGACGUCGGUACGGAUUCAAUGGAAGCAGAUCUGCUCGAAGAAUCCACGAAAAGAAUCCGCAAGAAGAGACCCUUCACGGUCGACAUGGACUUGGACACGACAAGCUUUGGCUACGGCGGCGACUUUAUGUCGUCGGUGUCUCGCAAAGAUUCCGCCUUCAAGUCUGACUCCGUCGAUAAGGACAGCGAUUCUGACAGCCUGGAGGACUCCGCGAAAAAGAUUCCCAAGGGUGUGAGGCGUCAUCUGGCGGCUACGAGAGUCGUGCGCAAGAAAUCCCAUGGUCUCCGGCAACCGUCCACAAGAAACAACAUCGAUUCCGCAUCAGGCACCUCCACGCCGGCAAGCGAUCUCCUGCGCAAAGCGAGGAUGUCACGCAAAAGUUCUGCGAAGAGACUUUCUCGUAGCCCGCAACGAAAAUUACAGGACAGAGACUCACCACGGGUGUCCACGCAAUAUGAUAUGGAUCGCCACUGGACGAGGCUCCAAGAUUCGACCGAUGUGUUUCAGGGCGCCAAGCCCUCUGACAGGCCUGCCCUUUUGGCAGACCAGGAUGAUAGAAGUGUGUUUGCAGAUGACACAGCACGCACUCUUGGCAGCCUAGGAGAGUCCACUGCAGCUUGGCAAGCACCGGCUAUCAAUUAUGACCCAUUUUCCGUCCAGGCACAAAGCGCUUCUCAGUAUUUCGACUACUUGCCAACUGUAGGCCGCUCCGAGUUAUUGUACUACACAGAUCAUCCCGUAAGCCCUUUGAAGGGGGAAGCACUCCUUAGAGCAGUUCAUUCUUCUCCGAUUGACGUCUACUCUAUGAGAAUGACACCUGACGCUCCAUCGAGCUACGCUCGGCAAGGACCGUUCAACGAGUGGCCGCCUUUUCGACCUCCGCCAGCUCAACCUUACCAGGAUAGGCGCCUUCCGCCGCUCACUGCCGCUGCUUACGACCUUUCCGGGAAGGUCAACAUCAUGACGAGGCAAGCCAAAGACACGCUUGACGCCGCCAAGGUACUAAAGAAAGCUUCUGACAAUGCGCUUCAGACAGCGAUCAGAGAUCAGUAUUUUGAUGGCCGUUUUUCUGACCAGUUGUCCAUGAGCUCCAUGGAACGAGAGUCGCAAGAAAGUCUCAUGUUCCCGAACCGCUCGGCAUACCCACCCCAAGUUCGCACGGAGCUGCCACAGCAGCAAACACUCCUGCAGCAGGAGCAGCAGCAGUCAUUUCCGGAAAGCCGUCCAGUGGCGAAAUCUAUCCUCAAAACUGCAGUUUCACCCAACAGGUCACUUUCCUUCAGAAAUUUAGGCUCCGAGAGAAGUAUCGAGACUUCAUUGGUCGAUGAAGACUGCUCUUUUUUGAAGCCAUCACUGUCAUUGGCAGUGGGACCAAAGAUCAAAACUAAGCCAGCCGAAGCUGAAGCAGGUGGCGAGGCGUCGAAGUUAGAAGGUCGACCUCGAGCACGCUUUGCAAAUCUUCCGACAGAGACGACACCAAAAAAGAUAGGCAUCCGCCGCAGAGGAAGUGUGUUUAUUCACGGGAACCUUCUUCCGGAUGAAGAUGACGAGGGAGACAAGAAAAUUUCUUCCAUGAAAACUACCUCGGACGAAUCUUUUGCAAAGAAGUCUAGCACUCCGAGCGAUACAGAUUGGCCUGCACCGAACGACGUCGACGCUGUCCAACGCUUGAAGCAUUCGAUUUCUAGCUUAUCGAACGUUCAAAGAAAAAGACCGGAAAUGGAUAAUGAACCUGGGAAGAGGCAGGACUUGACGAGCUUUGUUAAUAAGAACGCAGAGGGCGCUAAGGUAACUGUAAAGAAAUUGAGUAGUUUUCUGGUCACCGACAUGCCAGGCGCUCCUGGCUUCGCUGAGAACUGGCAGCGCCGACAUUCCUCCGAGACGAAAAGAGAAAGCGCCCCCAACGGGAAGAACAAGCUCGAAAAUGCCACCAUCACGGACGUUUGGAGGAAACAGGACGUAGUUACUGUUUGCGACAGGUCGACUUGCAUAUCUAGAGAUCGGGCAACCGCAACGCCGGAGCCAUGGGAAAAACCACAGCUGUGCCCUUUGCCACUUCGGCAUCCAUGCAGAUAUCUUUCAACGCUCAGCUUUCUGUCGUCGUGUUCUAAGUGCGCUCCAGAAGACUCUGAAGAAUCUGAUACCUUCGUAACACCGAGGAGUAUGACAAGUGUUGCCAGCUCUUCGCAGACUACACGUUACGGUAUAAAGGAUGGCCUGAGAAGGCCGUCCUUAGAGAGAAGGCCGUCGAAAAGUCUUUCGGAAAAGCACAAGAGGAAGCAUUCCGCGGAUCGUCAACAGAAGUCUUCGACUACUGAGAAAGAGCCUGGUGAUGCUCCUGAGGGGAAUGCCAUUACUGCUGUUGAUGGCACCGAUGCUUUGCGAAACGUUGACGACCUCCACAAAGACAAUUGCAUCGUGACGACGAAGUUGUCUGACACUUUGUUGGACGUUGGACUUGUAACGAGUCCCGUUACCGCGCAUCCGGAACAAAGCGAUGCUAAAGGUAGACGCGCUUCUAUGCAUCGAGAGGGGGAAAGUGGUACCACUGGCAAGCGUGCUUCUGUGUCUAGGAAGGACAACGAAGACUCGAAGAAUACGCCUGCCUCGCCAAAAGCUAAGGAGAUGCGAGCAUCCGAGAGCACCGGAAUGGCACCGACAGCAACGAAACAUCGAAGGAAAAGCGCCGCGAAGACAGAAAUUCAACCGCAGCCUGAAACGAGCUCGAGGCGAGCAUCUCAUGACCCGAAGCCUCGAAAUAACUACGCGAAAGCCGAAGAGGAGGAGAAACACCGCGUGCCUACCGUAGAACCAUUGGCACUGGAGCCUGAGGAGGCAACGCCUGCGCUACGUGACUACCCUGACAUCCAACAAGCCACCGGAGAGAAUCCAGGCAAUGAUGUACCGGCCGUCGAUGGAGAGGAGGAAAUUGGCGAACUGCCCAGUCUUAAGCAAGAAAGUCGCAAAGUGAGUGCCGCAGGCGCCGAGCCAAUAAACGCUUCCGUCAAAAAGAUCAGUACCAUAUACAGUGCACCGACUCACGCCGCCCACGUUGAGAGCUUUCCUGCGCAUAUGGAUCACCAGGAAACCAGUUUUGAGGAAGGUGUUUCUGAGCUCUACGACUUCCAGGAGAACGUUGAAAAUCUCAGCCCUGAGGGUGAAGAAGUCGAAGGACACCAAGUUCAAGAAAGCGUUGAAGAUGAGUACCGUGAGCACGAAGAAAUGCUUUCUGGACAGGACGUGAAGCCAAUGUUCCUUCAAGUACCAGAGCCAGAAGCCCAGCUUGCUGCAGUCGUUUCAAUACCCUUCGAAGGCGACCGAAAAUUCUGGUUUUACAAGGACAGCACGGUGUCCUUAUAUCCAGAGAGCAGUCUCGGUGUGAGUGCCGCGUUUGUUUGCGCAGGCUGGAUAAUCCUUCUGAUGUUCCUCACCGAAAUGCAUCAUGGUUGGUUCGCCGUCCACAGCCCGACCACAACGUCGUCAUCAGCACCAACAUUAUCACACACAAUUCGAACGCAGCCCUAUUCCAUUCCAGAACUUCCAGAGACUUGGGAGCCUCCAGAUAUGACCGUUACAAGUUAUCCGCGCAUCCCGCUUGAAACAGGGGUAGUGCCUCAGAUGGACACGUACUACUGCGCCACGGCGCAUUGCGACAAGGAGGCACGAUAUUUAUCCAGUUUCGUGCUAGGUGACCCCUGCGAAAACUUCUACGAAGACGUCUGCGUCAAUCGUACUCGAAUGUGGCCCCCACCGGCACCAGGUGCUGCGACGUCGACAAACUCGAUGAUGGCGAAACAAAUUCAGGCCAGUGUGCUCCGGUACAUCAAUGACUACGGCAAUAACGACGUAAGGAUAGCGCGCAACCUGCUAAGCGCAUGCGUCCACGAGGCUGAACAGGAGCGAGUCGCCGCCGUGAAGAGUAUGGUCAGUGAACUACUUGGCGUGUCCUGGCCAAUCGACCGGUCCUAUGAGGUAUCUCUUCCCAAUCCCUGGGAAGUGGCUGGAAAGCUUGCCCGAGAAUUGAACCUCGAACCUCUCGCCACUCUGUCUAUCGACGUUCACCCGGAAAAGGCGGGCGUAAUGGUCAUCGGCCUCGAUGAACCCGCUCUCUUCCAACGACGCAGCUCUCCAGGGGUACAUCUGUCGAACCUGAUUACCGCCAGUGUACGGGAGGCGAUCGGAAUGGUGACGGCAGGUCCUGAGGUCGAAGAAACUUCGAGACUAAUAAUGGAAACCAUGUUCACCAUCUGCGACUUUGCCGUUACACCGCCCGUACGGUACUUCGGUUCCGAGAACUACCGCCUGACCCCUCUGGGUGAUAUGGGAACUGCCGUGAAGUUGAUGUUGGACGUAAUAUUCUUGCGCUACACCGCCCUUGGAGAUGGUACAGAAAUACUGGUAAAGUCCCCUUCUUACUUUGAGCGUCUACUAAAACCAAAUGUGUCACCGAGUCACCUCGCACUGCUCAACUACCUGGGCUAUCGCGUGGUCCUCCUUUUCGCGGCGUUCACCUCCUCGUCCGCUCUUCAAGAGGUGCACUCGAUUCUCGUCCACCGCACCACGAGCCUUAGGGACGGCACCAGACUCGACCUCUGCAUCGGUGAGGUGGAACACGUGCUGCCAGCGAUGUACGUGCGGGCAUUCUUCAGGCAAAUAAGAAACACCAACUUUGACACCCUCGCGCGUGUCUGGUCUUCCAAGGUGGAGCAGGUGUUUCAGCGCGGACUCUCCAGACUUUCUUGGUUCCGCAAGCAUGGCUAUGGCUUCGGCGACUCGUUUGACUUACGCCUGGCUAACCACAAGCUGUCCACCAGUCGGAUGCGGUACUUCUAUCCCAACUGGAUCAUGAGCAACGCCAGCUACGCCUCGUACGCGUACCAACUUCAAGCGCGUCUCGAUCAAGUGCGCGGCUCCACCAAGAGCAGCGUCAAGUUAAUGCGGGCUCUUUACGAGGUGCGCUUCGCCGAAAAGAUCGAGCCCUUCGUUGGUCGCCCAACCGGUCGGUCCUUUUCAGUCAGCACACUGGACGCGUCACCGCAGUACGACAUCCAGAAAAAGAGCCUCUUCGUGCCUGCGGCCGUAAUGAAUGUUUCGGUGCCGACAAACGGCUCCAUGUUCGCGUUCCACAUUGCCCGCUACGGCGUCCGCCUAAUAAGGGGCUUGAUGCCGGUGUUGUAUAAUGACUUUGUGUUCAGCAGCGGGCCUUCUGACGAUGCUCCGCUGCUGUACACUGCGGGCUACGACCGUCGGCUGCGGGAUACGGUCAAGUGCCUGGUCAGCGACUACAUGAGGGCGCCGGACAUACUCAAGAGCAGCUUCAUGCGCAGUAUGAGUGACGUCAGCCCCGCAGGCUUUUCGCUCCUGGAGCAGACGGUGGCUCUAAUGGCGGCCUACUGGGCCUUUCAGGAACUCCUUACCGUGAAGCGGGUGUGGCGAUCGGACUUCCGGUUCGCGCAGCUGCCGGACCUGAGCUCCGAUCAACUCUUUUUCCUGUACUACGCGCUCGACAACUGCGAGCGCAGCGACGACUCCUACCGGGCGCGGGCGUUCGACACGCGCUUCGAGCUGCCGCCGGAGGAUCGCGUCAACUUCCCGCUGCUCCAGGUGGACGCCUUCAAGCACGCCUUCGGAUGCCGCGGAAGGAGUCCCAUGGCCACCGCGUCCCAGUGCUCCGUGGCCUUCUGAUACAGCGCCUCGCUUCCAGCAGACCGUUGAACUUCGCGUAAAGUAUACGUGGACACCUGAGUUGAUGUGUGGUUAUAUCUGAGUUGAUAUGUAACUAGUUAAUAUGUGACUAUGCCAAGGACUGUACGAACAGGAACCGCAGGAACCAAGCCUACGCAUGACUGCUUGCGGUUAUAUAUGGUUGCUCUAAUCUGAGCUGUGAACGCUGGGCGUGGGCAUGUGGCCUGGUUAAUUGGGCUGAUGUUGGGGGCAGCUGCUUCGGGCGUAGCUGCUAUAGCGUUCCCGGGGGACAUUCGCUUGAAGGACAUGCAGAAUGCGCACCGCCGCCGUUCAAGUCCAAGUGGUCGCGGUGUUGUACGAGGAUGACUACUGCGAAGCAGUACUUUGCACGCGUUGUUGCCGUUUCAGCGGUGACGAAUUAGCAUCGGUAUUUCAAUUUGGCGUCUAUUACAAUGAUUAUGCUAGCGUUAGGAUGUUUUUCGCUUUGCGCUAUUUUUGCUGUAGUGUCAUAACGAGACUAAACUUUUAGCCAUUAUAAGAUAGGUGCUCCGUGUGUUCGAGAUAGCAAACCAUGACCUCCAGAAUGGCUAGAAUAAGACUCUCAAUCAGAUUAUCGUGCCGUGCAACUGUUUCGAGUGAUCACAGUCAAUUUAGGGCGUCUGCGGAUGCGAUUGUGUGGGUCGCGCUAGGACGAACAUUUACCAUUCUUCGUGUGAGGCCUAUAGAAACGCUGUCACUCAGGACUGCACUAAAAUUACUUGAAUUAUAUUCACAGCAGCCAAAAUGAAACGUUUAAGUGUAGAUAUUAUUGAAAGGACAUGUUAGGUACCGCGUAAAUAGUAAAAUAUUGUCGAAAACUGAGGGAUACAAAAAUGACUGCACCAAAUAGAGCUCUGGAACUGACAACUGGCAUAUUAUGCAUCGCUCGAGCGCAUGCUAAACGUUUGGGAAGGUGACUUCAGCAGACAUCGGUCAACAAAGCACCGCAAUUUCAGGUAUACUGUGAGAUAAAUAAUUUAUAACGAUAGUUUAGCAAUUGUGAUGUAUUCAGUGUUUUAACGAAAUUUUUCACGGCCGAAAUCAAAACCCUUCUUCAAACAAUCGCUGGAACUAAGCUCCUUAUUUUACACUCGUCAAAUCUACAUUUAGAUUAACCCAAUGGUUGCCUAUGAUGAGCUCAUGUUCUUACGUUUCGUAUGUGGGGCCUCGAGCUGAAGCUUCUUCAGAUUUGUCGUCAUGUGUUUCUUCUUAUGCAUACGUGACUAUAUUCUUAGGACGAGAACAAGAGCCACGGGAAGGCAGCUUAUGCACACGACUGCGUCUCCUGUCGCUUUGCUUCCUCUGUGACUGGUACAGAGUCAUUAAUGAUGGUUACUGCAAGCAGCGUGCAGCCUACAGGACUUCCUUGUGUCACCGACGAGCAGCCGGCUUUCAUUCAGACUUUUUUACGCGUGUGGUGAAAAGGGACGUUGUCACCUCAGGAAGCAGCAGUUUGCUACCAUUGUUAUCCUCAAGGGCACACACACACACACGCGCGCGAUCGCUUCGCUUGCUGUGCACUUCGUCGAUAUCGGCGUCGGCUCGCUGGCGCCACCACGGAGUCCCGCGCCGUAUAGACGGAGUCUCGGUCGCAAACCGGCAUCCAUGUUUUCGCUUUGUCGCAGACAGCUUCGGAUAGUCGAACAAGGGGGUGGUGAAGACGGCACCGAUCGACCACGGUAGCUUGGACGAAGGUGGAUUCCUUAUUUUUGACAGGGCAGCCCCUCUUUCUUGCUUGACGUGCAAAAUAUCCGCUGAGUGCCAUUUCUAAAUGCCGUGGAAACAAUUGGGCGCUUCAGCUUGGGCACUGGUGUAUAGUCACUGACAACCUAAGAUUGCAGCGGCAAAUACAUUGUUCUCCAACUUGAACAUAAUUUUCACUGAAGCGCCAGCGAAUUACAUUCGAUCAUUCCGGCGACAUUGCGGCGUCACACAUUCCCUUUUUUUCAGUACUGGCGUCACUCGAGAAGUAUGUCUUGGCGCGCCGAGGCACUGAGCGAAGUUAGUGUGAUUUCGUAGGCAGAGCUUGUAUCGAAUCCGUAGGUUGUCACCGUAAAUAGUUCGCAAUGAAGCCUAAAUAUCAAACCAAGGUCUGGCGCUUCUAUAAAGAUAUCUAACAAAGAACUAGAUCACCAGAUAAAGACAAAAAGAACGUUUUCAAACUGGAGAUCGGCGCAUAAAACUCGAUAGUGCGAUGUGCUCGGUACCAACACUACCUUUCUUCCCCCACACGACAAGUUGCCGUCAUUUUUAAACCUACGAAUCGCAACUCAAGAUUAUUCAGAUCCUGAUUUAAACACUUGAGAUAGCUAAGUUCUGACUUAAACGUGGGAAAGAGAGCGAGAGAGAGGUGAAAAAAGAAAAGGCAGGGAGGUUGACCAGAACGAAAAUCGGUUUGCUGCCCUACAAUGAGGGUGGGGUAGAGGGAGAUAGUAAACUUAAUGAGGAACUCGUACAUGUGUAGUAGCGCUUUUGAUAAGAUUGUCCGAGUUUUCACUUGUGUAUAUAGUUCAGCAAACGGAUUGCUAAUUAUUUAUUUGUUUAUUUAUUUAUUAUUGUAGUAAAUGUUUUUCAGUUAUCAUUUUAUUGCUUUUUCUGCACAACUGUGUUCUGGAUGGCCAAAAAUAAAAGUUCGAAUUUUCCACGGUCAGGGAA